UAGCGCACCGCAGCUCUUGGAAAGCUACUAUUGAAUUUAGAGUUCUUUCAGAGUAAGUAGUGGUCGGAGCUCAACCUCAGCCUUUCGCUACUUCUACAGCAAAACCAGUAACUGAGUCGACUAUAGUAGCAUUUGAUGCGUCAUCUUCCCUCACUCUUGACGAUACAGUAGUUGUGGCAUCUCCCUUUCUGAGUCUGAUUCCGAUGCUAUCCAGUUGAUGGGGAAUUGACGGCCCUUUCAUUGACAGUAGUUCAUUCGAAGGGGGAAUGCUUGUAGUUAGAAGAAGAGCUGAUGCAACUCUCUUAGAGACUGACCUAGGAACCUCAUUGACUGAUGUCAAGGUUUCUGCCUCAGCAACAGCUACUAGAGAAAGAACAGCAACUUUUGUUUACUGAUCAACAGACUGGUACAGGUGUUGGAAGAACUAGAGCGUAUGAUGCUAUUGAAUUCACUUCCGACCGCCUUCAACUAGUAGAGAAAGUCUUUCGUUUAGAGCCGAUACCGCUCAACCCUCCUUUUCACCUUCCCUUCAGCAGCACACCACUGCCCCCUUUAAAGGCUCAGUCGAGUGACUUCGUUCCCCCCGUUCAAGCAUGCGAUUUGUUUGCUAGGUUAGACGGUAAAGUGUGGUGGAAGGAAGGGUCUAGGGAGUUCCAGAUGUGCAGCACACCCCUAGCGAAGCAAGCCCUCGUCCUAUCACCGUUCUUGGGGGCCCAAGACGGGAGAAGGUAGUCGCCUGUAAGGAGAACGAAUUUGUCCAAUCCACCGAAUACUGUCCUUUCCUUCUUUUACCAAUUUUCUCGUCGAGUUGCUGAUACGUUUGUUGAACAGCAACAGCCUACAUAGCCCGUCUCCCUCUUUUCAAGGAAGAAAGCAUCAGACAAAUA